GGCAUCGGGAAAAUUCAAUCGGUGUCCAACCUUUAUUACAUUCCUACCGGGUAAUAAGUAUAUCUAUGAUAAAAUAUCAUUUGCUAUUACAGUCUGAAAACAUAAUAUAUAAUGUAAAAUGAGUCUCUUAAAAAAAGCCUGUUUUGUUUAUUUUAUUUUCACAUUGACGUUAUUGUUUGUGAGUUCCUACGAGGAUUACGAGAGGAGGGCCAAGUAUAACGCCGACGACGAAAAUGAUAAUAAGACUUGCAACAUUCCGUGGGAAACAUCUUUGAUGUCAGAACCGUAUCCUUCUUGCUGGUUAAUGUGUAAAGGGAGAUGCAUUAUUUUGAGUAGAACAACCCAAUGGCGCUGUAAAAUGUCUCCAAACGAAAUAUUUGGUAACUGCCAUUGCUGUUGUGAUGACAAUGUUAAUGUAAUAUAUGAUUUCUGAUCGCCGAAUCUGCAGGAUAAUAUGUGAGCGAUACCUACAAGGCUACAACGAUUGAAAUAAUGUUCAAAUUAAUUAAUAUUUUAUAUAAUAAUACUAUACGUAGCCUAUAUUUAUUUAAACGUGGGUGCUCAUGGUUUAGGCUUCCAUUUAUUUUUACUCAUCUCCAUCACUGCUCCGUCGUAUAUGUUAUGCUAUUAGGUCUUUACAAAUUAUUAAAUGUCACCUAUAUUGUAUUUGUACGCAUACCUACUACAAUUAACAUAAUAAUUUUAAACAUUUGUCAAUCUAAUUAUUGUUAUGCUAUACCUACUUAAGUUUACAUUGUGUUAUAAUUUUUUUUUAUUGAACUUUAGCAUGGGCGAUUAAGGGCCAAUAGUUGUAUACAUUAUAUUUUAUUUAUUUUCGGUAACAGUUAAAUUACAAUAAUAUAGGACUUAUAUAGUUCUUUGUUGAUAAUUGAUAUUAUACUAUGUUAUAUUAAGAUUAACACAAAUUUGUAUUGCCGAUUGGCGUUUAUUCUAAUAAAUAAAGCACACAAAUAUUCUUGCAUUUCAUGCAACA